AUGCAUAAUUAUUCUGAGAGAGCUAUUAAAUGGAUGAUGGUUUUAGGUUACUUACCAUCUGAUGGAAUUGAUUAAUUCUUAGAUAAGAUGGAAAAGAAAUAUAGCUAAUUUGUAAUCGAUAUCACAAAGUCUAAUGAGCAACUUAUCUUUCAAUAACUGUGCAAAUAUUCUUUGGAGAAUUCAGCAUAAACUGAAUAAUAGUUUGAAGAAUAAAAGCGUAAAACAAUUUCAUAGUAUAUGAAUAUUGAAUAAUAUCAACAAAAUGAAAAAGAUUACGUAAUGAUAGAAAUAGAUAAUAUGUAAUUUAUUCAGCAAUUAUUAGUCGGAUUUUGUCAAAAUAUGAAUUUUUAAAAAACCCUUGUAAUUUUAAUAUCGAAUAAUUAUUUUAUACAAAUCAUUAUACAUUCAAAUCUAACUAAAAGGAUGCAUAACCCACAACUUAUUUAGAUGUAUAGAAACGAAUUUUGUAUAUUUAUUGCAGAUUGCAUCCAAAUAUUGGAUAUAUAGUAAUAAUUUAUUUCAUAAUUUAUUUAGUCAGGGAUGAAUUAUUUACUAGCUCCAAUAGUUAAUGUUAUUUAAAAAGAAGCAGAUUGUUAUUACUGUUUUGAACUAUUAAUGGAAAAAUAAUAACAUUUGUUGCUGUAAUCAGAUCAUCAAAAAGGGUUAAAGGCCACAAUGAAGAGCUUCGAUGAAUUGAUAAAGAAAUAAGAACCCUAAAUUUAUGAUCAUGUAAAUGAAUUAGGGAUUAUUUUAUCCCAUAAUUUUGUUAGAUGGUUUAUCACUCUGUUUGCAUCAGACUUAGAUAUCCAAUUAGUAAUAGAGUUAUGGGAUAGAAUGUUAGUACAAGAAUAUUAAGAAUACUAAUUUAAAAUAAUCCUUGAACUAUUAAGAGCUUUGAAAGGAAAAAUAUUAAAAUCAAAUAUCAAUUAAUUCCUCGAAUUGAUUUCAUUUACGAAUGAAAAUUAAGUGAAAUUAAUAAAUUCUAUUUUAAAUAAAUGA